CCUUCGCUCCUCCGUUCCUCUCUUCCCUCUCGUCUCUUCUCUCUCGCUCCCUCUCUCUCUCCACUCUUUUACUUCUCUACUCUACCCCUUGCCCGUCCUCCUUCCUUCCUUCCUUCCUUCAUCAGUCGCGUCUCACCGCCCCUCAUUGACUCGCCUGCCUUACCUCAUCUUGCCUCCUAAUGCCCAUCUUCGGACAGGCCCGCGGGGUUGCUGCUGGGAGGUCAAGAAGGUCCGAUUCAACCGCCUCCACAUCUACAAAGCCCCUCUUCUCAUCCCAAGCCCAUUCCCAUCCUUCCCCAUCAACAUCCAAUGUCGCCACCGCAAACACAUCCAGGCACGGCCUUGGUAUUGCCACCAACACCAACACCAACACCAACACGACCGCGACCACGACCACAACCACAACCCCAGCCAAGGGCUUAUCCUCGUCCUUCUCCUCUGGAAGUGUCUUAACUGUUGAACACGGUGCACAGAGCAGGAAACACACCAGCAGCACAUAUCCGCAUGCGGACAGGAUCGAGGAGGAGUCCUUCGAACAUAGUGGACACCAACAACACCUCCACCAUCACCACCAGAACAGCAGCAGUACUCAUGGCAACACCCAUAGCGGUAAUAGUAAUAGCAAUAGUAGUAGCCCAUCCUUCUCCAGAACAGACCUCGCAUCCACUGGACGAACAAACCAUCGACGCAGUGAGAACGGCAGCAACGGUUUUGGUCUCUCCACUGCAGACACAAAUUUUAGGGCAGGAUUGAAGUUGAUACAACAGGCGUACGAGGACAAGUUCCAAGCCUUGGUCGAAGAGGUCAACACAUGGAAGUGGAUUUCAGAGGAACAGAGUGCCCAGAUGACGGCCAUGGCCACCGAGUUGGCUCGAGUAGAAGAGAAGCACGCCGCUUUGCAAAAAGAGAUGGCCCAACUCGAAACGUUCCGCAAGGCGAUUGUAUCAAUGGUGGACCAACAUUCUGGAGUGUCGCUGACACAGCUCGAGCUAUCCAUACUGGAGACAAUUGAGGCCGACACAGAGAAUGCGGAUGCUGGAUACGAUGCUAUCGCUGAUGCAGACACGAGCUCAUUUAUGCUCGACAACGACACCGAUACAUCGGUCGUUCCUUCGUCACGCCAAGCACGAUAUGCCCGAGAGGAGGUGCAUUCCAGGGACCAGAAACCGAGCAAUGGCUCGAGCAUAAACUUGACGUCGCUUAAGAACGGCUCAAGUUCAGAUUUGACAUCAUUUAAGAACGGUUCGAGCUUGAAUUUGACAUCAUUCAAGAAUAGUUCGAGUUCAAACUUGACAUCCUUCAAAAGACCGCCAAAUUCUGCCGUAUCUCGUCCACGCGCAUCCACAGAAGCUUCUGCAAAGAAAUCCAGAACUCUCUACAGUUCGAGCCGCACAGAGAACCAGAGCGGACGCUCUCCAUCGAAGUAUAGCAGCGGUUCAACAACUCGCAGUGGCUCUGCAGUAUUGUCUGACAGCUCUGCGACGGGAUUGAAAAAGAUGACUAAAUUGGAUUCGGUGGAAAGUCUCCGCAGCAAACGCAACACGAUCUCAUCAUCUCCUCGAUCCAUAUACCCUAAUACGACUCUUACUGCAAGCGAUACUGCCAAGAGACAUUCGAGCGUGUCGCCUCUGUCAUCCCGAGCGAGGGCGAUUGUUGCAUCGUCGUCAACAACAUCCAGAGGUGUGGCCGGAUCGGCUUCCUUCUCUACGAACUCGACACCAUCGACGUCGCCCCGGCAAGCAUCGAUCGGUGCGACAGCGACAUCGAUCGCAGGAUCUAUGGCCUCCAGAACUGCAAGACAGCAGCAACAGCAGCAGAAAGAUUACAGUCUCAAAGUCAGGAACUCGAUGACUCAGCCGGCGAAUCGUUCUGGCACAUCUCCGCUAACGUCGAUUCCUCAGGGAAAUCGAAAGCAGACUCUUGCAGACACAUCCGCAGUAAUGCCGUCGAAAUCCAGCGCCUUGAAUGUCUCGCAGAUCACGAAACGACCGCAAAGAUCUGGAUCAGAUACAUUGCCUGCAAGCGGCCUUUCACCAGCGGCAUUGAAGCUGCUGAGGCAACAGGAGGAGCAGCAACAACUGGAGGAGGAAAACGAGUAUGCACAAAAGAGUGCUGCUGGACACAGUCACCAUGGAUCCCACCAGCACACUGAUGAUGAGGACUAUCGUCGCUCAGUCGUACUUGGACAUAGACAUGAACAAGCGUAUGCGCAUUCAACGGUGAACGAGGGCAGUCGCUCAGUACUUCAGCGCAAUAAUUCUGAAGCGGGAUAUACGAGUACGCCACAUAAUAUCCGUGCAUCUGGAUAUGAGUCGAGUGCGAGGAACCAGAGGGAGGAGAGCCAAUACCGACAGAUCGCUUCAUAUGGAGACAAAGCGGACAAGCACGCAGAGGGCACUGCGAAUAAAAAUCGAGUAGAGAAGAGUGGCGGCAGCGGUAGCGGUGGGGUGGAUGCGAGUGCGUUUACGAUGUUGUAUAAGGAGAUUCGAGAUUCUAUGGACGCCUCGUCCUUUGGGAUGUUUGCACGCGUGGUGGCCGCGUUUAAUGAGGGUGAAAAGACGACGGAGGAGACGCUGGGUGAGGUGGGCAAGAUUGUGAAGGACCGAACGCUGAAUCAACGAUUCCGGGACCUGAUUCAUCAGGCGAUCGCUGAGAAGGAAAACCAAAUCGAGAAUGAGGGUGGCAAUAUGACGAUGGAGGGGGAUCUGACGUUCGAUGUUGACCAUAGUCUCCUCGAAGAUAACGAUCAUAAUGGUAACGGUGGCGGCGUUGAUGACGACAUUGAUGAUAAUAACCAAGCUGAUGUUGGUCAAACCCAUGAAGUAGGAUUCUCAGCGAAGGAGGAGAAUGAAAGUUUUAUGAGGGAGGUAGUAGAGGCCGAUGAAUCGAUGUUAGAGGACCAGCCAGUAGAAUUGGAUGCGAAUCUAGAUCAAAAUCCCUGGGAGGAGAUGGAGCAUCUGCAUUUACAGGACGAGGAUGUCUUGGAAGCGAAGAGGGAUCUAAAGGCCAUGGAUGAGGAAGAGGAGGGACUCGAGAGUGAUGGCGGAGUAGGUAAAUCUGGACAGAUACAUGCACGCAAACUGUCGAUGUGAUCCACCAUCUAAUUAGCCAGCAGGAAAAAAAGUAACGUUCAUUGCAAUGCCAAUAUUCAAUAUAAUAAGACAGCGAGUUGUUG